AUGGCCCGGACCGUCGCUGAACUGACAGCUGCUGUCAACGCAGCCCUAUCCAAGCUCUCUCUCGCUGAUGACAUUCCGGACCCAGCGCGCUUCCAGCUCCUUGAUGUAUUGGACAAGCUGCGCGGGGUCGUCGAGCCCCCUAUUCAGUCGCUUCUGAACAUCUGCUGGGCGGCCCACCCCCUGGUCUCGAUCCGAACUGCAAUUGGAAUGGGAAUUUUUGAUGCAUUUGCCGCUGCCGGUGGUGCUGCAUUGACUAUCGAUGAGUUAAACGACAACGAAAAGGUCAAGGGCGACAAGGACCUGUUAAUUGGUCUCUCUGCUACAGUUCGGGUCAUGCGACUCCUGAGCGCCAAUCGCCUCUUCACCGAAACCGAGGUGUACAAAUAUCAGCCCCAGCCCCUGGCGCUGGGAUUCGCAACCGGCGCCCCCCCAGCGAUCCACAUGAUUUUGCGCGCCACUGCGCAUACUCAGGAAUUCCUGGAAUCUAGAGACUACAAGAGCCCCGAUGACGCCUAUGACACUCCCUUCCAGCAGGCAUACGGCACCAAGCUGCACCACUUCGAGUGGCUGGCUCAGAACCCCGACGAGCAACAUGCCUUCAACACUGUGAUGGAAACAGCUAACCGGGCUGUGGAAGGCGAGCAGUGGUAUGACUUCUACCCCUGGGAUGAGCGACUAGGCAAGGAUGCAGACCGCGUGCUGGUAGUCGACAUUGGUGGUGGCAAGGGCCAUGACAUCGCCCGAUUCAAGGAGAAGAAGAACCCCGCCGGUCGUCUGAUCGUACAGGACCUUCCCGAGGUUAUCCAGGAUAUCCAGCCCCCACUCGCUCAAGGCAUCGAGGCUCAGGGCUACAGCAUGUUCGAUGCACAGCCCGUCAAGGGUGCCAAGGCUUACUACAUGCGCACUGUGCUGCAUGACUGGCCUGAUAAGCAGGCUCUGCAGGCCUUGCAGCAAAUCCGAGAGGCGAUGGCGGAGGAUUCGGUGCUGCUCAUUAACGAGAAUACCCUGUCGGAGACUAAUGUGCCCCGCUUCAAUACUAGCGUCGACCUCAUCAUGAUGACCAUGUUCUCGUCGCUGGAGCGUACGGAUAAGCAGUGGUUGAGUCUUUUGGAGCGCGCCCAGUUCAAAGUUCUUAAGGUUUGGCGGCCGGGUGAACAGGGCGUGGGAUCUAAUGCUUUGUUUGAGGCUGUCCCUGUCUAA